AAAGGUGAAGGGAAAGGCCAAGUCCCGCUCCAAUCGAGCCGGUCUUCAAUUUCCGGUCGGAAGGAUACAUCGGCUUUUGAGGAAGGGAAAUUACGCUGAGCGCGUCGGAGCCGGCGCUCCCGUCUAUCUGGCGGCAGUGAUGGAGUACUUGGCCGCCGAAGUGCUCGAGCUCGCGGGAAACGCCGCCAGAGACAACAAGAAAACGAGAAUAAUCCCUCGCCAUUUGCAACUGGCGAUCCGCAACGACGAGGAGCUCAACAAGCUCCUUUCGGGAGUGACGAUCGCGCAAGGUGGAGUCUUGCCGAACAUCCAAGCCGUCCUGUUGCCGAAGAAGACGGNGAUAAAACGAGUUCUCUGA